CAAAUAAAAAAUAAAAUUAAAAACCCUACUUUCAAAAACCCUACUCACUGAUUUCGUUCCGUCUGAUCAGGAAAAUCGGAGCUUUGAUUUGCGAUCCGGCUAUGGCAAUCUCCAUUAGGCGAGCUCUUACCUCUUCUAGACACCUCUUUUGUGCGCUUCGAGCAGCUUCCGUUUGUUCCCAGCAAAACCUGCACUCGUCGUUUAUUAAUCAUUCCCAUGAAUCUGCUUUUGUGGAUUGGUUUUCAACAUCAUCAGCGACGAUCAGUAAUCAGUUCAAUGCCAGGAGAAGAUACGCCAAAGGAAGGAAACAGCAUAUCAGUAAGGUUGAGGAGGCAGAGGAGGAUUCAGAAUGGGAAGAAGAGGAUGAAGAUGACGAUGACUCUGAUGAAGACGACGGUGUUAGUGAUUUGGUAAGAAGCGUGAAGGCUACUGCAAAUUCUCAGAUGGAAGCGGCCAUUGAAGCACUAUCGCGUGAAUUGAGCAAAUUGCGUACUGGAAGAGCAUCAGCUGGGAUGCUUGACCACAUUACUGUUGAACAUUAUGGUGUUAAGACACCCCUUAACAGGAUGGCAGUUGUCUCGGUGUUGGAUCCAAAAACCCUGUCAGUUACCCCAUAUGAUCCUAAUGAUCUGAAGGAAUUGGAAAAGGCUAUUCUCUCAUCUCCACUAGGCUUGAAUCCCAAAGCUGACAACCAACGGUUGCUAACACCUAUACCUCCAUUGACCAAGGAACAUAUGCAAGCUGUGUGUAAGGUGGUUGCAAAAUCCUCUGAAGAUGUGAAGCAAAGUAUAAGGAGAGCACGGCAGAAGGCACUUGACAGCAUUAAAAAAGCAGCACCAAAAAAGAAGGAUAAAGAUAAGUCAGGCUCAAGUAUUACAGAAGACGAUGCAAAACGACUGGAGAAAGAAAUUGAUGAGUUGACCAAAAAGUUCAUCAAGACAGCUGAGGAUAUAUGCAAAGCUAAGGAGAAGGAAAUCAGAGCAGGGUGAAUGUUCUCAUUGCUAGUUGCUCUACUUCAAUUGUGGAAUUGGGAGGUGAUAGUGGCAUGUUCCUUUGUGGAAUUCAGAUUAGUUAUGCAAAAAUGACUCUUCUUGUUAAAUCUAGUGGAAACAGCGACUACUUUCUAUGAAUCUUGAAUUGGUCUGCUGUCUGAAUCACAUGUCUUGAUUAA